AUGGGCAAGAAAAGCGUCGAACCAGAAGCUGAGGAAGAAGAUUUGAACGUACCAGCAGAAAAGAAAAUGGAAAUUCUGGACCCAAAAAGCUUCGAACCAGACCCAUCGAAUAUGACACUUAUUCUGUACGAAGAAGACCACACUAUUGGAAAUUCCAUCAAACAUGUUCUGAGCAGAAUCCAAUCCUACAGCCUUCCCUACUAA